AUGCCAUCGCCUGCUGAACCGCCUACCCAUGUGGCCUCUGUGAUCCUGCGCGCGCCAUCAAAGUACGCCUCCGCCUCCUCAGCCCCCUUUGUUGCUCCGUCACCAGCCUGGCUGCUGCGCACUUGGACUGUCACCCACUCGACGCUGAGCAUGUGGCGCACGGCGCAGAACGUGCGCAUCACCUACACCGAGGCCGCUGGCCGGAGCGGCAACCAGGACCUGGUCGAAUACGAAGAUCUGGACACCAACACCACCACUACACCUAAAGUCCACACUGUCCAGGGUGCCAACACACCCUCGGCCUCGACGACCGGCGCUUUCGACUGGCGCGGCAAGGGCUGGCUCUUCUUCGUCACGUCGCACUGGGAAAUCCUCGGCUGGGGCGAGGUCGAAGACCCUGAGGCAGAGGGAGACGACGGGGCUGAACGCUGGGCGGUCACCUGGUUCGCCGCCACCCUCUUCACCCGCGAGGGCAUUGAUCUGUAUAGCAGCCGGCGCGCGGGCCUGCGUCCGGCCACUGUGGCUGCCAUCCGUGUUGCCGCUGCCGCUGCCGCCUGGCCGGAGCCGCUGGCUGCUCUCGUGCGCAAUCUACAGCCUGUGGCCAUUGUUUGA